CUGCUUUUGCUGUCCAAGUCGCCGUCACGUCAAAUCGCCUGCUUGCCAAAUCGCCGUGUUUUCAAGUCGCCGUACCUUCAAGUCGCCGUCUACUCAAGUCGCCGUCUACUCAAGUCGCCGUCUCGUCAGGUCGCCGUCACGUCAAGUCGCCGUCACGUCAAGUCGCCGUCACGUCAAGUCGCCGUCACGUCAAGUCGCCGUCACGUCCAAUCGCCGUCUUCCGUUGCUGAUGGUGGCCUCGAGCUCGUAGUAAAGGGUUCUCAGUCUUUUGACUGAGAAUUUAUCUUUUUCGAGCUCGAGUAUAGUGGCAAAAUCUAGAGACAUGCCUGGCUCGCCAGAAAUCUGGAAAUUUCCAUUUUUCUGGUAUAUAUCGGGCUGUUUCUAGAUUUUGCCGCUAGCGCAUCGUGCGCUCAACAAUAAAUAAAUAAAUGAUUUUUUUGCAAUGUGUUUUUGAUAUCCCCCAUCGACUGACUUUCCCAAAUUUCUGAUACUAAUGAUUUUUUUCCAGAAUUGCCAGUUGCCACUUCUCAGUCAGUCUUCUCAACUCCGACGCUGCUCAACACCACCACCAUCACCACCACCAAUUUGCACCACUCGGAAGCCACACAUCGACGACAAGGAGGAGGACGAGGACAAUUGCGGAGAAGUUAGUUUAUUUACUUUUCGGGUUUAGAAUUAGAAAUUUUUGAAAGUUUAAGAAUUGAGAUAAAUUAGAAUUAGGAAAUUAGUGAUAUUUUUGUAGUUAGAUUCUAAAAAUUAGGGUUUUUUUUGAGUUUGAAUUAAGAACUAAUUUUAAUAAUUCUCUUUUUUUAUUAGAGAUAUUAGAUUUAGAUAAUUAGUGAUAUUUAGGUAAUUAGAUUCUAAAAAUUAGGGAUUUUUUUGAGUUUAAUUAAGGGUUAAUUUCGAAUUUCGAAGGUUAUGAGUUGAGAGGCAGUACCUCUCAACUUAUAAAUGAAUCGAGAGGCAGUACCUGCUCGAUUCAUAAAAAACUUUCGAAAUUCUAUAAAAAUUAACUUUUUUUUUGAACUUGAAUUGAUGACUAAUUUUUGGAAUUUCUUAUUAGAGAAUAUUUAAUUAGGUAAUUAGUGAUUUUUAGUAAUUAGAUUCUAAAAAUUAGGGAUUUUUUUGAGUUUAAUUAAGGGUUAAUUUUGAAUUUCGAAGGUUAUGAGUUGAGAGGCAGUACCUCUCAACUUAUAAAUGAAUCGAGAGGCAGUACCUGCUCGAUUCAUAAAAAACUUUCGAAAUUCUAAUAAAUUAACCUUUUUUUGAACUUGAAUUAAUCACUAAUUUUUAGAAUUUCUUAUUUUUUAUUAGAGAUAUUAGUAUUAGAUAUUUAGGUAAUUAGAUUCUAAAAAUUAGGGAUUUUUUUGAGUUUAAUUAAGGGUUAAUUUCGAAUUUCGAAGGUUAUGAGUUGAGAGGCAGUACCUCUCAACUUAUAAAUUAAUCGAGAGGCAGUACCUGCUCGAUUCAUAAAAAACUUUCGAAAUUCUUAUAAAUUAACCUUUUUUGAACUUGAAUUAAUCACUAAUUUUUAGAAUUCCUUAUUUUUUAUUAGAAAAUAUUUAAUUAGGUAAUUAGUGAUAUUUUUGUAGUUAGAUUCUAAAAAUUAGGGGUUUUUUUGAGUUUAAUUAAGGGUUAAUUUCGAAUUUCGAAGGUUAUGAGUUGAGAGGCAGUACCUCUCAACUUAUAAAUUAAUCGAGAGGCAGUACCUGCUCGAUUCAUAAAAAACUUUCGAAAUUCUUAUAAAUUAACCUUUUUUUGAACUUGAAUUAAUCACUAAUUUUUAGAAUUCCUUAUUUUUUAUUAGAAAAUAUUUAAUUAGGUAAUUAGUGAUAUUUUUGUAGUUAGAUUCUAAAAAUUAGGGGUUUUUUUGAGUUUAAUUAAGGGUUAGUUUGAAUUUCGAAAGUUAUGAGUUGAGAGGCAGUACCUCUCAACUUAUAAAUGAAUCGAGAGGCAGUACCUGCUCGAUUCAUCAAAAACUUUCGAAAUUCUAAUAAAUUAACCUUUUUUUGAACUUGAAUUAAUCACUAAUUUUUUGGAAUUUGUUAUUAGAGAAUAUUUAAUUAGGUAAUUAGUGAUUUUUAGUAAUUAGAUUCUAAAAAUUAGGGAUUUUUUUGAGUUUAUUAAAGGGUUAGUUUUGAAUUUCGAAGGUUAUAAGUUGAGAGGCAGUACCUCUCAACUUAUAAAUGAAUCGAGAGGCAGUACCUGCUCGAUUCAUAAAAAACUUUCGAAAUUCUAAUAAAUUAACCUUUUUUUGAACUUGAAUUAAUCACUAAUUUUUAGAAUUUCUUAUUUUUUAUUAGAGAUAUUAGUAUUAGAUAUUUAGGUAAUUAGAUUCUAAAAAUUAGGGAUUUUUUUGAGUUUAUUAAAGGGUUAGUUUUGAAUUUCGAAGGUUAUAAGUUGAGAGGCAGUACCUCUCAACUUAUAAAUGAAUCGAGAGGCAGUACCUGCUCGAUUCAUAAAAAACUUUCGAAAUUCUUAUAAAUUAACCUUUUUUUGAACUUGAAUUGAUUACUAAUUUUUAGAAUUCCUUAUUUUUUAUUAGAAAAUAUUUAAUUAGGUAAUUAGUGAUAUUUUUGUAGUUAUAUUCUAAAAAUUAGGGGUUUUUUUGAGUUUAAUUAAGGGUUAGUUUGAAUUUCGAAAGUUAUGAGUUGAGAGGCAGUACCUCUCAACUUAUAAAUGAAUCGAGAGGCAGUACCUGCUCGAUUCAUCAAAAACUUUCGAAAUUCUAAUUAAUUAACCUUUUUUUUAACUUGAAUUAAUCACUAAUUUUUGGAAUUUGUUAUUAGAGAAUAUUUAAUUAGGUAAUUAGUGAUUUUUAGUAAUUAGAUUCUAAAAAUUAGGGGUUUUUUUGAGUUUAAUUAAGGGUUAAUUUUGAUUUUCGAAGGGUUUUCUAGAUUUUUGUUCCGUUUUUUUUCCCAGGAACUACGAGAGCCGUAUCCAGCUGCUGUUCUGCGUUUGCCGUACAAGUCGCCGUCUCUUCAAGUCUCCUGCUCGCCAAAUCGCCGUGUUUUCAAGUCGCCGUCACUUCAAGUAGCCGCCACGUCAAGUCGCCGUCACUCCGUCACUCCGACGCUGCUCAACAACACCAACACCAACACCACCACCACCACCACCAAUUUGCACCACUCGGAAGCCACACAUCGACGACAAGGAGGAGGACGAGGACAAUUGCAGUGAAGUUAGUUUAUUUACUUUUCGGGUUUAGAAUUAGAAAUUUUUGAAAGUUUAAGAAUUGAGAUAAAUUAGAAUUAGGAAAUUAGUGAUAUUUUUGUAGUUAGAUUCUAAAAAUUAGGGUUUUUUUUGAGUUUGAAUUAAGAACUAAUUUUAAUAAUUCUCUUUUUUUAUUAGAGAUAUUAGAUUUAGAUAAGUAGUGAUAUUUAAUUAAUUAGAUUCUAAAAAUUAGGGAUUUUUUAAGUUCAAUAAGGGGUUAAUUUUGAAUUUCGAAGGUUAUGAGUUGAGCGGCAGUACCUCUCAACUUAUAAAUGAAUCGAGAGGCAGUACCUGCUCGAUUCAUAAAAAACUUUCGAAAUUCUUAUAAAUUAACCUUUUUUUGAACUUGAAUUGAUAACUAAUUUUUAUAAUUUCUUAUUCUUUAUUAGAGAUAUUAGAAUUAGAUAAUUAGUAAUUAGAUUCUAAAAAUUAGGGAUUUUUUUGAGUUUAUUAAAGGGUUAGUUUUGAAUUUCGAAGGUUAUAAGUUGAGAGGCAGUACCUCUCAACUUAUAAAUGAAUCGAGAGGCAGUACCUGCUCGAUUCAUAAAAAACUUUCGAAAUUCUAAUUAAUUAACCUUUUUUUAACUUGAAUAAAUCACUAAUUUAUAGAAUUUGUUAUUUUUUAUUAGAGAAUAUUUAAUUAGGUAAUUAGUGAUUUUUAGUAAUUAGAUUCUAAAAAUUAGGGAUUUUUUGAGUUUAAUUAAGGGUUAGUUUGAAUUUCGAAAGUUAUGAGUUGAGAGGCAGUACCUCUCAACUUAUAAAUUAAUCGAGAGGCAGUACCUGCUCGAUUCAUAAAAAACUUUCGAAAUUCUUAUAAAUUAACCUUUUUUUGAACUUGAAUUAAUCACUAAUUUUUAGAAUUCCUUAUUUUUUAUUAGAAAAUAUUUAAUUAGGUAAUUAGUGAUAUUUUUGUAGUUAGAUUCUAAAAAUUAGGGGUUUUUUUGAGUUUAAUUAAGGGUUAGUUUGAAUUUCGAAAGUUAUGAGUUGAGAGGCAGUACCUCUCAACUUAUAAAUGAAUCGAGAGGCAGUACCUGCUCGAUUCAUCAAAAACUUUCGAAAUUCUAAUAAAUUAACCUUUUUUUUGAACUUGAAUUAAUCACUAAUUUUUGGAAUUUGUUAUUAGAGAAUAUUUAAUUAGGUAAUUAGUGAUUUUUAGUAAUUAGAUUCUAAAAAUUAGGGAUUUUUUUGAGUUUAUUAAAGGGUUAGUUUUGAAUUUCGAAGGUUAUAAGUUGAGAGGCAGUACCUCUCAACUUAUAAAUGAAUCGAGAGGCAGUACCUGCUCGAUUCAUAAAAAACUUUCGAAAUUCUAAUAAAUUAACCUUUUUUGAACUUGAAUUAAUCACUAAUUUUUAGAAUUUCUUAUUUUUUAUUAGAGAUAUUAGUAUUAGAUAUUUAGGUAAUUAGAUUCUAAAAAUUAGGGAUUUUUUUGAGUUUAUUAAAGGGUUAGUUUUGAAUUUCGAAGGUUAUAAGUUGAGAGGCAGUACCUCUCAACUUAUAAAUGAAUCGAGAGGCAGUACCUGCUCGAUUCAUAAAAAACUUUCGAAAUUCUUAUAAAUUAACCUUUUUUUGAACUUGAAUUGAUUACUAAUUUUUAGAAUUCCUUAUUUUUUAUUAGAAAAUAUUUAAUUAGGUAAUUAGUGAUAUUUUUGUAGUUAUAUUCUAAAAAUUAGGGGUUUUUUUGAGUUUAAUUAAGGGUUAGUUUGAAUUUCGAAAGUUAUGAGUUGAGAGGCAGUACCUCUCAACUUAUAAAUGAAUCGAGAGGCAGUACCUGCUCGAUUCAUCAAAAACUUUCGAAAUUCUAAUUAAUUAACCUUUUUUUUAACUUGAAUUAAUCACUAAUUUUUGGAAUUUGUUAUUAGAGAAUAUUUAAUUAGGUAAUUAGUGAUUUUUAGUAAUUAGAUUCUAAAAAUUAGGGGUUUUUUUGAGUUUAAUUAAGGGUUAAUUUUGAUUUUCGAAGGGUUUUCUAGAUUUUUGUUCCGUUUUUUUUCCCAGGAACUACGAGAGCCGUAUCCAGCUGCUGUUCUGCGUUUGCCGUACAAGUCGCCGUCUCUUCAAGUCUCCUGCUCGCCAAAUCGCCGUGUUUUCAAGUCGCCGUCACUUCAAGUAGCCGCCACGUCAAGUCGCCGUCACUCCGUCACUCCGACGCUGCUCAACAACACCAACACCAACACCACCACCACCACCACCAAUUUGCACCACUCGGAAGCCACACAUCGACGACAAGGAGGAGGACGAGGACAAUUGCAGUGAAGUUAGUUUAUUUACUUUUCGGGUUUAGAAUUAGAAAUUUUUGAAAGUUUAAGAAUUGAGAUAAAUUAGAAUUAGGAAAUUAGUGAUAUUUUUGUAGUUAGAUUCUAAAAAUUAGGGUUUUUUUUGAGUUUGAAUUAAGAACUAAUUUUAAUAAUUCUCUUUUUUUAUUAGAGAUAUUAGAUUUAGAUAAGUAGUGAUAUUUAAUUAAUUAGAUUCUAAAAAUUAGGGAUUUUUUUAAGUUCAAUAAGGGGUUAAUUUUGAAUUUCGAAGGUUAUGAGUUGAGCGGCAGUACCUCUCAACUUAUAAAUGAAUCGAGAGGCAGUACCUGCUCGAUUCAUAAAAAACUUUCGAAAUUCUAAUUAAUUAACCUUUUUUUAACUUGAAUAAAUCACUAAUUUAUAGAAUUUGUUAAUUUUUAUUAGAGAAUAUUUAAUUAGGUAAUUAGUGAUUUUUAGUAAUUAGAUUCUAAAAAUUAGGGAUUUUUUGAGUUUAAUUAAGGGUUAGUUUGAAUUUCGAAAGUUAUGAGUUGAGAGGCAGUACCUCUCAACUUAUAAAUUAAUCGAGAGGCAGUACCUGCUCGAUUCAUAAAAAACUUUCGAAAUUCUAAUUAAUUAACCUUUUUUUUAACUUGAAUAAAUCACUAAUUUAUAGAAUUUGUUAUUUUUUAUUAGAGAAUAUUUAAUUAGGUAAUUAGUGAUUUUUAGUAAUUAGAUUCUAAAAAUUAGGGAUUUUUUUGAGUUUAAUUAAGGGUUAGUUUGAAUUUCGAAGGUUAUAAGUUGAGAGGCAGUACCUCUCAACUUAUAAAUGAAUCGAGAGGCAGUACCUGCUCGAUUCAUAAAAAACUUUCGAAAUUCUAAUUAAUUAACCUUUUUUUUAACUUGAAUAAAUCACUAAUUUAUAGAAUUUGUUAUUUUUUAUUAGAGAAUAUUUAAUUAGGUAAUUAGUGAUUUUUAGUAAUUAGAUUCUAAAAAUUAGGGAUUUUUUUGAGUUUAAUUAAGGGUUAGUUUGAAUUUCGAAAGUUAUGAGUUGAGAGGCAGUACCUCUCAACUUAUAAAUGAAUCGAGAGGCAGUACCUGCUCGAUUCAUAAAAAACUUUCGAAAUUCUAAUAAAUUAACCUUUUUUUUAACUUGAAUUAAUCACUAAUUUUUGGAAUUUCUUAUUUUUUAUUAGAGAAUAUUUAAUUAGGUAAUUAGUAAUUAGUUUCUAAAAAUUAGGGGUUUUUUUGAGUUUAAUUAAGGGUUAGUUUGAAUUUCGAAGGUUAUAAGUUGAGAGGCAGUACCUCUCAACUUAUAAAUGAAUCGAGAGGCAGUACCUGCUCGAUUCAUAAAAAACUUUCGAAAUUCUUAUAAAUUAACCUUUUUUUUUAACUUGAAUUCAUAACUAAUUUUUAGAAUUUCUUUUUUUUAUUAGAGAUAUUAGAAUUAGGUAAUUAGUGAUAUUUAAGUAAUUAGAUUCUAAAAAUUAGGGUUUUUUUUGAGUUUAAUUAAGGGUUAAUUUGGAAUUUCGAAGGUUAUAAGUUGAGAGGCAGUACCUCUCAACUUAUAAAUGAAUCGAGAGGCAGUACCUGCUCGAUUCAUAAAAAACUUUCGAAAUUCUAAUAAAUUAACCUUUUUUUUAACUUGAAUUAAUCACUAAUUUUUGGAAUUUGUUAUUAGAAAAUAUUUAAUUAGGUAAUUAGUGAUAUUUAGGUAAUUAGAUUCUAAAAAUUAGGGAUUUUUUUGAGUUUAAUUAAGGGUUAGUUUUGAAUUUCGAAAGUUAUGAGUUGAGAAGCAGUACCUCUCAACUUAUAAAUGAAUCGAGAGGCAGUACCUGCUCGAUUCAUAAAAAACUUUCGAAAUUCUAAUAAAUUAACCUUUUUUUAACUUGAAUUAAUCACUAAUUUUUGGAAUUUGUUAUUAGAAAAUAUUUAAUUAGGUAAUUAGUGAUAUUUAGGUAAUUAGAUUCUAAAAAUUAGGGAUUUUUUUGAGUUUAAUUAAAGGGUUAGUUUUGAAUUUGAACUUGAACUUGAAUUGAUAACUAAUUUUUAGAAUUUCAUAUUUUUUAUUAGAGAAGUUAGAAUUAGGUAAUUAGUGAUAUUUUAGUAAUUAGAUUCUAAAAAUUAGGGAUUUUUUUGAGUUUAAUUAAGGGUUAAUUUUGAUUUUCGAAGGGUUUUCUAGAUUUUUGUUCCGUUUUUUUUUCCCAGGAACUACGAGAGCCGUAUCCAGCUGCUGUUCUGCUUUUGCCGCACAAUCGCCGUCUCUUCAAGUCUCCUGCUCGCCAAAUCGCCGUGUUUUCAAGUCGCCGUCACUUCAAGUAGCCGCCACGUCAAGUCGCCGUCACUCCGUCACUCCGACGCUGCUCAACAACACCAACACCACCACCACCACCACCAAUUUGCACCACUCGGAAGCCACACAUCGACGACAAGGAGGAGGACGAGGACAAUUGCGGAGAAGUUAGUUUAUUUACUUUUCGGGUUUAGAAUUAGAAUAUUUGAAAGUUUGAGAAUUGAGAUAAAUUAGAAUUAGAAAAUUAGUGAUUUUUAGUAAUUAGGUUCUAAAAAUUAGGGGUUUUUUUGAGUUUAAUUAAGGGUGAAUUUUGAAUUUCGAAAGUUAUGAGUUGAGAGGCAGUACCUCUCAACUUAUAAAUGAAUCGAGAGGCAGUACCUGCUCGAUUCAUAAAAAACUUUCGAAAUUCUAAUAAAUUAACCUUUUUUUUAACUUGAAUUAAUCACUAAUUUUUGGAAUUUGUUAUUAGAGAAUAUUUAAUUAGGUAAUUAGUUAUAUUUAGGUAAUUAGAUUCUAAAAAUUAGGGAUUUUUUUUGAGUUUAAUUAAGGGUUAGUUUGAAUUUCGAAAGUUAUGAGUUGAGAGGCAGUACCUCUCAACUUAUAAAUGAAUCGAGAGGCAGUACCUGCUCGAUUCAUAAAAAACUUUCGAAAUUCUAAUAAAUUAACCUUUUUUUAAACUUGAAUUGAUAACUAAUUUUUAUAAUUUCUUAUUUUUUAUUAGAGAAUAUUUAAUUAGGUAAUUAGAUUCUAAAAAUUAGGGAUUUUUUUUGAGUUUAAUUAAGGGUUAGUUUGAAUUUCGAAAGUUAUGAGUUGAGAGGCAGUACCUCUCAACUUAUAAAUGAAUCGAGAGGCAGUACCUGCUCGAUUCAUAAAAAACUUUCGAAAUUCUAAUAAAUUAACCUUUUUUUAAACUUGAAUUGAUAACUAAUUUUUAUAAUUUCUUAUUUUUUAUUAGAGAAUAUUUAAUUAGGUAAUUAGAUUCUAAAAAUUAUGGAUUUUUUUUGAGUUUAAUUAAGGGUUAGUUUGAAUUUCGAAAGUUAUGAGUUGAGAAGCAGUACCUCUCAACUUAUAAAUGAAUCGAGAGGCAGUACCUGCUCGAUUCAUAAAAAACUUUCGAAAUUCUAAUAAAUUAACCUUUUUUUAAACUUGAAUUGAUAACUAAUUUUUAUAAUUUCUUAUUUUUUAUUAGAGAAUAUUUAAUUAGGUAAUUAGAUUCUAAAAAUUAGGGAUUUUUUUGAGUUUAAUUAAGGGUUAGUUUGAAUUUCGAAAGUUAUGAGUUGAGAGGCAGUACCUCUCAACUUAUAAAUGAAUCGAGAGGCAAUACCUGCUCGAUUCAUAAAAAACUUUCGAAAUUCUAAUAAAUUAACCUUUUUUUAAACUUGAAUUGAUAACUAAUUUUUAUAAUUUCUUAUUUUUUAUUAGAGAUAUUAGAAUUAGGUAAUUAGAUUCUAAAAAUUAGGGAUUUUUUUGAGUUUAAUUAGGGGUUAAUUUUGAUUUUCGAAGGGUUUUCUAGAUUUUUGUUCCGUUUUUUUCCCAGGAACUACGAGAGCCGUAUCCAGCUGCUGUUCUGCUUUUGCCGCACAAUCGCCGUCUCUUCAAGUCUCCUGCUCGCCAAAUCGCCGUGUUUUCAAGUCGCCGUCACUUCAAGUAGCCGUCACUCCGUCACUCCGACGCUGCUCAACAACACCAACACCACCACCACCACCACCAAUUUGCACCACUCCGAAGCCACACAUCGACGACAAGGAGGAGGACGAGGACAAUUGCAGUGAAGUUAGUUUAUUUACUUUUCGGGUUUAG